CGGGGGAAGGAGAAGAUCCUCUCAGCCAUGCCGGAACGGCAAGACGACACGCCUCUGGGGGUGAUGCAUCCGCCGACACGGUGCCUGCGGUGUGGUGAUGUCCUGGAGUGGUCAGAGGAACACAGUGUCCUACUUGGCUGCUCGUGCUGCUCGACGGUGGAUGAGACUCUGGAGAACGCCGCCCGAGGCCUGUCGAGCAAAAUGAAGAGAGAGAAGAGUCACUGGGCGGCUGGAAGAAUCGGUGAUAUUGACUUCCUCAGUCCGACUAAGACGAGAGGAAAGUUCAUAAGGGUGCGUAGCAACACAGACCCAGUGCUGAUCUACCAGAUGCUGACAGAGGAGUGGGGCCUUUCUCCUCCACACCUGGUCGUCGCUCUGGUGGGAGGAGAUGAGCUGGCGCAGAUGAAGCCCUGGCUCAGGGACACACUUCGAAAAGGGCUGGUGAAGGCUGCACAGAGCACAGGGGCAUGGAUUCUGACUAAUGGGCUUCGCUUUGGCAUCACGAAGCACUUGGGCCAGGCGGUGCGAGAUCACUCCCUGGCCAGCACCUCCUCUAAAGUUCGUGUAGUGGCUAUUGGCAUCGCCCCCUGGAAUAUGAUCCACAACCGAGAGGCCCUGCUCACUGCCAAGGUGGAUGAGCCUGCUGUAUACAAGGCACAAGACCUGCCUCAUGGUGCAGUGUAUUCCCUGGACAGCCAUCACUCCCACUUUGUUCUGGUGGAGGAGGAUCCCAACAGACCCGGAGCAACCAGUGAAAUGAGGGUGAAGCUGCUCAAGCACAUAUCUCUGCAGCGCACUGCUUAUGGAGGCACAGGAAGCUUCGAGAUCCCUGUUCUGUGCCUCCUGGUCCACGGGGAACCCCGAAUCCUGAAGAGGAUGCAUAAAGGUAUUGGCAAUUCGACACCAUGGCUGAUCCUCGCCGGCUCCGGAGGAGUGGCUGACAUCCUCGUCACGCUGAUGAAUAGGGGCUGCUGGGAUCCGGACAGUGUUCGCGAGCUGCUGCUGGACACCUUUCCCAAUGCCCACCACAGCAGCGACGUCAGUAACUGGGUCAAGCUGAUCCAGAAGGUGCUUGAUCACGGACAUCUUCUUACCGUCCACGACCCUGAACAAGAAAGCUCUGAGCUGGACACAGUGAUCCUCAAAGCUCUCGUCAAGGCUUGUAAGAGCCAAAGCCAGGAAGCUCAGGACUUCCUGGAUGAGCUGAAGCUGGCCGUGGCCUGGAACCGAGUGGACAUUGCCAAGAGCGACAUCUUCAAUGGCGACGUGGAGUGGAAGGCAUGUGACCUUGAGGAGGUGAUGAUGGACGCUCUGAUCAACGACAAGCCGGACUUCGUACGUCUCUUCGUGGACAACGGCGUGAACCUGGGGGAGUUCCUGACCUACGGCCGCCUGCAGGAGCUCUACUGGUCGGUUUCAGAGAAGAGUCUCCUUCACAACCUGCUUCUCAAAAAGUAUGAGGAGAAGCAGGUACUGCUGGGAGCCGCCAGGACUCCCGGGCCACCCGGGCAUCACCCUUCUGAAACAGGAAAACCUCGAUUCACUCUGUAUGAGGUCGCCAAAGUGCUGAAAGACUUUCUCCAUGACUCCUGUAAAGGCUUCUACCAAAAGAUUCCCACAGAGAAGCCGGCAAAAGGUCGACUGUUCCACAACCAGAAGAACCUGGCAGAGUUAGAGGAGCGCAGCGAACAUCCUUGGAGGGAUCUUUUCCUCUGGGCCGUUCUUCAGAACCGACAGCAGAUGGCCAAUUACUUUUGGGCAAUGGGCCCUGAGGCGGUUGCGGCGGCGCUGGCGGGUUGUAAGAUUCUCAAAGAGAUGGCGCGACUGGAAUCCGAGGCUGAGUCCGCGCGCAGUAUGAAGGAAGCCAAGUAUGAGCAGUUUGCCCUUGACGUCUUCGGAGAGUGCUACUCCAACAGUGAAGACAGGGCGUACGCUCUGUUAGUGAGGAGAACCCACUGCUGGAGCAAAUCUACCGUCCUCAACCUGGCAACUGAGGCAGAUGCCAAAUCCUUCUUUGCCCAUGAUGGAGUUCAGGCUCUCCUCACUAAGAUUUGGUGGGGUGCCAUGACUACUGACACAGCCAUCUCCAAGCUGGUGGUGUCGUUCUUCUGUCCGCCUCUCAUCUGGACCAACCUCAUUAAGUUCAGUGAUGAAGAACUUGACAGCCGCAGUGGUAGCGAGCAGUUUGGAGAGCUGGACAGUCUGGAUACAGAGAAAGCCCUGCUGUUAACUGAUGACGACGACCCCCUGGACUCUUCACCUGGAGGUCCAGCAGAUCAGAGCUGUGCCUCUGUCUGGUGGCGCUUCCUGUUGCGCCGCUGGCGUCGCUUCUGGAGCGCCCCCGUCACUGUGUUCCUCGGCAACGUCAUCAUGUACUUCGCCUUCCUCUGCCUCUUCACGUACGUGCUGCUGCUCGACUUUCGGCCUCCCCCGCCUCGUGGCCCCGGAGCCCCAGAGAUAAUGCUCUACUUCUGGGUCUUCACCUUGGUACUGGAGGAACUUCGACAGAGCUUCUUCACUGAUGAGGAGAUAAGCAUUUUGAAGAAGUUCAAACUCUACGUGGAGGACAACUGGAACAAGUGCGAUAUGGUGGCCAUCUCACUCUUUGUCGUGGGAGUUUCAUGCAGGAUGGUGAACCACACCUAUGAGGCGGGGAGAACCGUUCUGGCCAUAGACUUCAUGGUAUUCACUCUGAGGCUCAUCCAUAUCUUCGCCAUCCACAAGCAGCUGGGCCCCAAGAUCAUCAUUGUGGAAAGAAUGAUGAAGGAUGUUUUCUUCUUCCUCUUCUUCCUGAGCGUGUGGCUCAUUGCGUACGGAGUCGCCACGCAGGCUCUUCUCCACCCCAAUGACCCGAGGAUUGACUGGGUGUUUCGCAGAGCUCUGUACCGCCCCUACCUGCACAUCUUUGGACAGAUUCCCUUGGAGGAAAUAGACGCUGCCCGCAUGCCUGAGAGUAACUGCACCAAUGACUCCGAGGAGAUCAUCAUGGGCUUACGGCCUCCGUGCGCCAACGUCUACGCCAACUGGCUGGUCAUCCUCCUGCUGGUGAUCUACCUGCUUGUCACCAAUGUCCUGCUGCUCAACCUCCUCAUUGCCAUGUUCAGCUACACUUUCCAGGUGGUGCAGGGUAACACAGACAUCUUCUGGAAGUUCCAGAGAUAUAACCUGAUUGUGGAGUACCACAGCCGCCCGGCUCUGGCCCCGCCCUUCAUCAUUAUAAGUCACCUCUCUCAGCUCCUCCUCAGUAUGGUCAAACGGCCUGAAUCCAAGCAGGAGCAUCUGGAGAGGGAGCUGCCGGCAGGACUGGACCAGAGGCUGAUCACAUGGGAGACGGUGCAGAAAGAAAACUACCUGGCGAAUGUGGAGCGACGCCACUGGGAGAGCAGUGAGGAGAGGCUCAAGAGUACUUCAUCAAAGGUUCAGAGCUUGCUAAAAAUCGUUGGCGGCGUCAAGGACCAAGAGAAACGACUGGCCAUCAUGGAAUCUCAGGUUCGAUACUGUGGUGAGGUGCUGUCCUGGAUGGCAGAGUGCUUCGCUCAAAGCACACUCAAUUGUGGGAAGGAAGCUCCAAGAGCUCCAAUGUCUGUGACGAGCUACAAGGCGGACGGACCUCAGAGCCAACCAGAGAAAGAGGUCGAAGAGAAAGAGGGAGGAGCCAGGUCAGGUCACCAAGGACACGGAGCCAGCAAAAAGCUCCCCUACAUCGAUGAAUGAAAGUAGUCAAACAGCUAACAACGACAUGUCGAUUUAUGGAUUCGUUUAGAAGAACAAAAGAACCAGAGUAGCUCGUUCUUUUCAGGGGGGGCAAUUUAAUUAUUUCUCAUGUACUGAAUUUAUCUACAAAGGCAGAUGUAUAAAAUAUAUGUCUCACCUUUGUGGUUAUCAUCAAGAGAACUUCGCUUUUAUUUAAGCCCAUUUCGCUCUAUCGUUGAAUAACACACUAGGAAAAAAUAUUUGGAUAUCAAAAUUUUACAGUCACUUUAAUCUCAUAACACAAUGUGAAGGCAGAAAGAAUAACAAUAAAAUACUAAUACAUCAAAGAAAAGAUUGAUAGGCAGCGGUUUUCUCUCGGUCGAAGCCACUGUGAAAAGUUGUCGACACUAAAAAUCUGUAAAUCACAUUAAGUAGGAAUUCAAAGGCACUAAAUACAGUGUGGAAAUGUAGCAUGGAGAUCAUUCUGAGAAACCGUCACGGGGAAAAAAGAUGCUGUCGUUUUGGAUGAUUUGGAGGCAUUAUGAGAUUAAAGUAAUGCAUCUAUUGUCCACUGGGUAGCAGUGUUGAGGCACUCUGGCAUUUGGUUUGAACCUCAAUUUACUCAACACACCCUCUUGUGGUAUAACAAUGUAUGGCGACGCUGAACAGGCUUGGGGAAAAUUGGCAGAUUUUAGUGGAAACACAAGCAGCUCAUCACAGGAUUGUCACCGAUGCAUUUUCACUGUUUUCACCGCAAACUAGCUGUUAAAUGUGUGGUCAGAAGUAGCAAGGCACAAAAGACUAAAUCCAGCGACUGUUCACCUCUAAACAAUGACCUUUAUUAUCCUAACGUACCCUGUGGAGUUUUUGUGUCAUCUACAUUUCCUCCUUCAUGAAAUAUUUGAGAACAUUUUUCAGACUUAUAAGAUACAUACACAUUAUAUACAACUAAUAUAUACAUAUUAGUUUUCUAUACAUUUAACAGCAUCAAAAAAUAAAUCCUGACUCUUCGCUUGCUGAUGAGGCACCAGGUUGUUAAAUUAAAAUUGUCCACAUCAUAUAAGUGCAGAUUAUGAUUAUCAAUCCGCUAAAACAAAAGUAAGUGAAAGUGGAAUAUUCGUUAUGCUAUUGGAAGUGAUUCUGGCUCCCCCCCCCCCCAACAAACCUAUUUAGUUCUGUUGCUCAUGUCACAUUGUGUGUUUGUGUUGUGAUAAUUGUAGCUCCUCUCACUCUAAAAAUAAACGGCUUUCAAGCAGUAGAAAAUAUCCUAAGGAACACGGUGAAGAAUCAUGCAAAAACAUUUCCUUCUUCCUGAUGCCGUUUGUUUAUUCUCCACUUUUUGACAAAAUCUCUAUUUCUCUGUGUAAUAUUAACUCGGAUGUUGUAUAUUUUCUACUUUUCUUGCGGACACAUGUCCAGACGAAAGCUCAUUUUUCUGUUCAGCUGGAAAACUACUGUACUUUAUGCAAACAGAUGUAAUUUAACCCAUCCCAGCUUAAAGUUACAGCAUAAAUUCUUUUAUGUGUCAUACUGUCCUCAUGAUUGUCUUGUGAUUUGAUUUCUGAAUCAAUUGCUACACAGCCAGGCGACGAUGAUGCUGAAGGCUGAUUUUCACUUUCUUUUUCUGAAUGAGUUGUUUGCAUCUCUUAUUUUAGCUUUUAGUCUCUGAGCGUGAGGAUCAUGUUCCCUGCAGUGUCUGUGGAUACAUGUUGGACCUUGUGCAUGCUGGAACAAGAAAAAAAAAGAGAAAAAGAAAGAAG